AUGGCCCCUAUUCGAAAACGCUCGAGACUCGAACAGGCGCGGCAGCAUCUCUCGGGGGGAGCAGUGCCGCGAGAAGACAGCGACGAUGAGCUCGGCUACGAGGACCAUCCGUGGGAGUGGGUCUACGCCGACGGUGACGAGGCACACACCGCACAGAAUGCUACACCGAGGAAGAGGAAGGCGGCGCCGUCUUCGCUGGGCAGGCGCAUUGUCGGUGCACACAUGGGCAACUUCAGCUGCAGACGGGGAGACAUUGUUUUCCUCAAGGCAGAGGGGAGCCAGGCAUGGGUGGGCCUCAUUUGCGACUUCUUUGAGGACGAAGAGGAGGGCGAGAAGAUGGCCAAGUUCAUGUGGUUUUCCUCUGAGCGAGAGAUCCGCAAUAAGAGUACCAAGCGGACCGACUUCCUGCCGAACGAGCUAUACAUAUCGCCCGCCUUCGACGACAAUUCCCUCGCAACUAUCAACGGCACCGCGAAGGUUGUAUCGUUGGAGGAAUUCCAAAGGCUACACCCGACCGGCCAGGUGAAGAAGUCGUCGAGAGACUACGGCAAGAUCUUCGUGUGCCGGAGAGGCUGCAACACUCGCACUACAACAUAUACCCCUGAGUUCAAGUGGGAGGACGUCUACAAAGGCGCCGAGGAUAUACCGGCCUUGACUGAGCUGGUUGAGAGCCAGACAAAGGCCACCCGAAAGCGCGGGCGUCCAAGAAAGGAGGCGGAAGACCUGGAUGACUUUGUGGUGGCCGAUUCGGACGAGGAUGGCGUUCCCAAGACUCCCAGGAAGCGGCGUAGAUUGAACGACGCAACGACACCAACUUCAGCAAGGAAGAGCCCGGCAGCGCGCAAGUUCUUGACCCCGACGCACAAGCGCAUUGUCAUUAAGAAGCCAUUGGAGUUCACGCCACUUGGGACCCGUGUGCUCUCACCGUCUGCACUCUCCUCACCGUUCCAGAUUGCGCGAAACCAGCUCCAUGUUUCAUCAGUGCCUGCCGCGCUUCCCUGCCGCGAAGAAGAGUUCUCGACCGUCUACAGCCAUUUGGAAGCAGCCAUUACAGAUGGUUCGGGCUCCUGCAUCUACAUCUCCGGUACGCCCGGAACGGGCAAAACUGCUACCGUGCGAGAGGUCGUGGCACAGCUGCACGCCUCAGUUCAGGCUGAGGAGUUAGAUGAUUUCAUAUUCGUCGAGAUCAACGGCAUGAAGGUCACGGACCCCCACCAGUCGUACUCACUGCUCUGGCAAGCUUUGCGGGGAGAUCGCGUCAGCCCAUCGCACGCGCUCGAGCUCCUUGAACGCGAGUUUUCGACACCAAGUCCGCGGCGCGUGCCAUGCGUCGUCCUGAUGGACGAGCUGGACCAGCUGGUCACCAAAAACCAGUCGGUGAUGUACAAUUUCUUCAAUUGGCCUGGGCUGCGGCACAGCAGGUUAAUUGUGCUCGCCGUUGCGAAUACCAUGGAUCUCCCCGAGCGAACAUUGAGCAACAAGAUUAGUAGCCGCCUUGGGCUCACGCGUAUCACAUUCCCGGGCUACACGCACGACCAAUUAAUGUUAAUUAUUCAAUCCCGACUGGAAGGUGUGCCUGGCAAUAUCGUCCAACCCGAUGCCAUCCAGUUCGCCGCGCGAAAGGUCGCAGCUGUGAGCGGCGAUGCACGGCGCGCUCUCGACAUUUGCAGGCGCGCAGUCGAAAUUGCAGAGACGGAAGCCAUUGAGCGCGAAACGGAGGGCGAGGACGGCCAGCCCCCAACACCGAGUCGGAAGGGCCGGAACAGAGGCAAGGCAGCUGGUCGGUCCUCCAAGGACGCCGGUGAGCCGGAUGAGAUAUUGCCAAAACGUGCAGGGCCCGGCGGUCGCAAAAGCGUGGUCACUUGGACGACGAUCAAACAGGCUAUCAAUGAGGCCACGAGUAGUCCCCUGCAGCAAGCACUUCGGGCCCUGCCGUUGGCGUCCAAGGUCUUUCUUGCUGGGCUCUUGGCGCGUAUCCGGCGGACAGGCAUUGGUGAAGCCGUGCUUGGGGACGUGGUAGACGAGAUCAAGAAAUUGGGUCUCAUGAGCCAGCUGCAGUCGGUGCACGACCACCUACUCGUAGCUGAAGACCAGGAUAGGACAGAAGGAGGUGCGGGUGCUAUGGGCGCCGCCCAACAGGCUCAAACGUCGACUCCGCUCAAGCAUAGAGAUGGCGCGUCGAGGCAGAGCGAUGCCAAAGCUGCGCGGGCACUAGGAAUUGCUUCCGCCGCUGCAGAGCUCGCAGAAGCGGGAAUUAUAGGCGUGGAGGCCCGCCAUGGAGAGCGCGUCGGACGCGUGCGCCUAGGCGUUGCGGAAGAAGAGGUGCGGCUUGCGCUGGGAGACGACCAAGAAGUCAAGGGGCUGGGUGUUGCGGCUUGA